CUUGUCUCAGACUCGUCCUCAAUAUCUCGCCAUCGACCACUCGAGUCAUAGCAGCAGUCUGAAGGCGCAAUGCUGAUUGGGCACCAGAUGGUCAGGAGAACGUCUAUCGACGGGCCCGCGACGGGGUCAUACAUAUGGCUCGCCUUCCGGGAGCCCUGCUCCUUAUAAGAGCGCCGUCGCACAUCUUCGCCCGUCCCAGAUUCAGCAACCAUAUCUCUCCUUCCGUCACCUUGAGAAGUUCGCGCAGCAUGGCUACGGUACACAAGAUGGCUCAGGAGGGCUUCGGGACCGGGACGAACGAACUGUACGAUCGUGCCCGCCCCUCCUACCAGCCCGCAGCGAUCUCGCACAUCCGGGACGCGAUCUCCAGCCCCCCGCCGCUCAACAUUGUCGAGAUCGGCGCAGGCACCGGUAUCUUCACCCGCGCGCUCCUCGCGCAACCCGCCUUCUCCUCCUCCAUCCAGUCCCUCAGCGCCGUCGAACCCAGCGCGGGCAUGCGCGAGGUCUUCGCGUCGUCCGUCAAUGACCCGCGCGUCACCGUCAGCGAGGGCACGUUCGACGCCACCGGCGCGCCCGACGCGUCCGUCGACGCGAUCAUCGUCGCGCAAGCCUUCCACUGGUGCCCCGACUACGACAAGGCCGCGCAGGAGUUCGCACGGGUGCUGAAGCCGGGCGGCGUCGCUGCGCUCAUCUGGAACCUGGAGGACCGCGACGGCGCGGCAUGGGUCGCCCAGCUGCGCGACCGCAUCGAACGGCACGAGUCGGGCACGCCCCAGUUCCGCUUGAACCUCUGGCGCGCCCUCUUCUCGACCCCGUCCUACCAGUCCCUCUUCCAGCCGCCCGAGGAGAAGACAUGGACGUAUGCCCUCCCGGGAACGCGCGACAUUGUGGUCAACCGCGCCUUGAGCAAGAGCUACGUCGCCGUCCUGCCUCCGGACGAGAAAGAGAAGGUGGUGCAGGACAUCGACGAGAUCUUGCGCAAGGGCGAGGGCAGGAAGUGGACAGAUGAGAGCCAGGGCAUCUUCGAGUAUCCGUACGGAACGUUGGUUGUCAUUCUCAGGAAGAAGUGAGUGAAAUACACUAUCCUGAGUGGACAAUACAGUACAUGAAAGUCAGAGAUCUAGACCAACAGUCGGUUUUGCGUAUAUACCGUUCAGUUGGUCAAGAGAGGGACUCAGCCAAAGUUCCAUGCCCGAUAGUUUCACCAGAAUUAAGGGUACCCUUGCAUCGGAGGCGCGCUGCAAGCAAGCUACAAGGGCCUGUUCCGUCUGCACAUCAUAGCUCAAACCAGUGAGCUGCAGCGUCGCCAAUUGC